AUCAGUAACAGUAAAUGUGUUUUGUUGGGACCUUUAUUGUGAAGGAUACAGAGCGGAAGUUCCUCUGUUACAUCGUGAACGCGGUGAACCAUUCUCUCUGUAACACUCUGCUUCCGUUAUCGACCUUCCGGCGUUGUGAAGUGAAUCGCGCCCCGGUAGAAACGCGCCUUCCGUCUUCAGGUACGUAGAGCAGCAGCGGAAUCAAGCUGGACGUUAACACUCUGUACCGGAUGAGUUUAUCGAUCAUUACUGAUCAACGUGACUGAUCACCGACUAUGUAAACUGUAAAGUGCUCAGCGCAUUACUGUUGACAGGAUAGCCACAGGCUGAAAAGUGUGGACGGUUCUGUUCGGGGAACCCUCCACAGGCCCCCCUCCCCCUCAUGUUGUCUUUCGGCAGAUUCUGGCGGAGCUUUGAUUCUCCUUUUAGAUGUUCUGGUUCUGUUUUUCUGCUGAUUCGUAUCCGGUGCAUUAAAGUCGAUCGGUUCUGUGAAUCAGUGACCCCAUGGUUUCCUCGGUCUUGUCUUUCCGAGGACAAAGUCCAAACUGGGUCCAGUCAGAUGAGUGAGGUUAUGAAACCAACCGAUGUCCUGUUGAGUAAUAAAAACACAAAGUUAACAACAAAUAAAAGUUCUGUAUCACUAAUAUCACACUUUUCCAUUACAAAUAAAAUAACCUUAUUUAUUAUACUUUUAAAAUAAAUAUUCUUGUACAACAAUAAAAAAGCAACUCAAUUUUACACCCCUGAUGUGUUAGCUUCCGCUAAAUAUCAUGUUGAUGUAGCGGUUUAGCAUUAGCCUUAGCGUACACUAAACAUGUUGUUUAGUGUACAACGUGUUUAGUGGUAAUACAUAGUGGUAAUACCUAUGUAUUACCACUUAAUACAUAGGUAUUAAGUGGUAAUACCUAUGUACUACCACUUAACAUGUUACAUUUAGCUUACACAAAACAUGCACAUUUAGUGCUUUAGUAUUAGCUCAUACAAAAUAUGCUGAUUAAGCCAUUUAGCAUUAGCAGAACUAAUGUUUGUCAUUAGUGCUUUAGAGUUAGCACAGAUAGCUCUUUGGUCAGCAGUGCCCUCCACUGGAUGGGGGUGUACGUACAUAUUUGAACCUGUGAGGAUCAAAGACAAUCCCGAAGCAGAAAAACAUCCCAGAACAAGUCUCCAUGGCGACGGAGGUGUUGUGGACCCCAUCCGGAUUUCUUUAAUGUGGGAAUGUUUCUUUCCAGGCAUGGGAAUGUUUUUUUCCAGGUGGGUCUGAACCGGAACCACAGGAUGCUGCAGCGGGUAGCGGUGGUCGGAGCGGGGGCGGCUGGACUCUGUGCGGCUCGCCACAUCCUGGCCCGCCCCGUCAGCUUUGCCCCCCCAGUGGUGUUUGAGCUCAGUGGGAAUGUGGGUGGGACCUGGUGCUACGAGGAGCGAAUCGGGACAUACCCCAACGGGAGACCGGUGCUCAGCAGUAUGUACAGGGACCUCAGAACCAACCUGCCCAAAGAAGUGAUGAUGUUCCCUGAUUUCCCCUUUGAUCCUGAGCUGAGCAGCUUCCUGUCCCACCAGGAGGUCCAGCGGUACCUGGAGAGGUACUGUGAGAACUUCCGGAUCCGGCCUCACAUCCGGUUUGACACAGCGGUAGAAAACGUCACGCCUGUUUCCACGACAACGGAGAACAGGGAGAGCAAGGUCACAUGGGAAGUGACAUCGUCAGACUCAACGGGUCAUCAGAAAACUGAGACAUUUGAUGCAGUGUUCAUCUGUUCAGGGCAUUACUCGGACCCUCACAUCCCAAACAUCCCGGGGAUACAGAACUUUAAAGGAACGGUUCUCCACAGUCACUCGUACCGCUUCGCCGAGCCGUUCUCGGGUCUGACGGUAGUGGUUCUGGGAGCUAAAGCUUCUGGGCUGGACAUUUCCAUUGAGCUGGUCAAGGCUGGAGCCAAGGUGACUCUGAGUCACCGGAACCCUCCGCUGACUGUUCCUCUUCCUCCUGGGAUCCAGCAGGCAAGCUGCGUGGUGGCGGUCCAGGACGAUGGAACCAUCCGCCUCCAGGACGGCUCCGUGUGUCAGGCCGACGUUCUGAUUUUCUGCACUGGGUACAACUUCAGCUACCCGUUCCUGGACCCGGCCAAGCUGGGUCUGGAGAUCCAGAACCAUGUGGUGUCCCCUCUCUACCGCUACAUGAUGCCUCCCGCCUUCCCUUCACUGAUCUUCAUCGGCAUCUGUAAAAUCAUAUGUCCCUUCCCCAACUUUGACUGCCAGGUCCAAUUCGCCCUGGCGGUGCUGGACGGGUCGGUCGCCUUGCCGCCACAGGAGAAGAUGGAGGAAGCGGUGCGGAGGGAGCAGCAGAGGAAACUGGAGGCCGGGGUCCAGCACCACCACUUGCUGAAGUUGGACCAGGACCAAUGGGAAUACUGCGACGCGCUGGCCGGUUCUGCCGGCUUUCCGCCUCUCCAGCCGGCCGUUCGCAGCCUCUACGAGGAGGUCUGGAGGCAGAGACAGGUUCACCCAGAAAACUACCGGGAGAUCAACUACAGGCUGUUGAGCGCUACCCGGUGGGAGCAGAUCAGCUGAUCAGGAGGUCCAGCGGGUUCUACUUGGACCCGGAGAACUUCUCCAUCUUGCAUGCAAUUCUGGUGCCAUCUGCUGGUCAUGGAGCUAACUCUGCGAUUCUAUAGCUCAGUAGUUCCCAGACCUUAUCAUGCCAUGGCUCCCCAAACAGAAACCCAAAGCAUGUCAAGAAACAUCAACCUGCAGAAUGUUUUUCUCACUUUUAUUCACUAUUCAGCAAUUACUACAUUAAUUUAUCAUAAUUUUUUAGGUUUGUAGGGUUUCUCUGCAGCAGUUUUCUGAAGGAACCUGCUGCUGGACCGUUCCUUCAGUUUGUUUUUGGUUAGAAACUUUUCCAUUUUGCUGCUAUGCUAGCUUAAGCAGCAAAGCACCUCAAUGAAUCAGUGAGAUGAGCAUGACAAAUAGCAUUUUAAUAAUGUUUUAAAAACUUUUAGAAUUAUGAUUUUAAAACAGAUUAGAUCAUAAUUUUUUUAUCAUCUAAAAAAUUAUGAUUAAAAAAUUCUUUGAUCCAUAUUUCUGAUGUCGACAAGCGCCUCCUGGUGGCCCCCCUUGGGGCUGCAGCCUCCACUGUGAAAAACACUCUUAGUUCAUGUUGCAUUUGAAACACUCUAUCAUAAUUAUCUCAGGCUUAUCAUUACUCAUCAUUAUCAUCACUAUAUGAAAUAAUUUCCAUUAAUCUGUAUUGAUGGCAUAAAUAAAGUUUAUUCUGUAAAACUG